UCAGUUCGAAAGCAUAAUUCGGUCGAAUACGUUCAUACUUUAUUUCAAAAUGCUUUCCGUCUUUAAUUCAGUUCCAACUCAUAUGGACUAUAAAGGACAAAAACUUGCAGAACAGAUUUUCCAAGGAAUCAUUCUGGUUUCAGCGGUGAUUGGAUUCAUUUAUGGGCUUAUAAUUGAACAGUUUGGGUGGACUGUAUAUAUCGUAUUGGCAGGAUUUGGCAUUUCCUGUUUGCUCACUUUGCCUCCAUGGCCCAUGUACCGACGGAAUCCCCUCAACUGGCAGCCUGUAAUCCCGGAGUCCUCUGGAGAAACUCGUGAAAAGCCCCAAGAAAAUAUGAAGAAGAAGAAGCAUAAGUAAAUCCUUACGUCACUGGUGUAGUCUUGGCAUAGCAACCUGAUGUAAGAGAGUGGAUCUUAGUAGCAAAUGUUCCAGUAUUUUUGUCUGUUUACAUGUGAAUUUUCCAUCAUACUCAAUAAAGAACUCAAUACUGUUGUUACAUU